AGCCAAUGUCCAGGCAGGCGCUGGAGCAGCAUUGGUGCCUUCCCAUCCGGGUAGCGAGGGAGGUGUCCCAGGCGGGGCUAUAAAUGCCGUGGCCUGACGCCGGCUCGCCUCCCUCCCUACCCGUCCCGUCCUUGGCUGUUUCGUUUGAGCUGUCGGCUCACUGACAUCCCCAUGGCGUGUCCCCUGGAGCAGGCGCUGGCGGUGAUAGUGUCCACCUUCCACAAGUACUCAGGGAAGGAGGGGGACAAGUACAAGCUCAGCAAGCAGGAGCUCAAGGAGAUGCUCAUGAAGGAGCUGCCCAGCUUCAGUAGACAAACCAGCGAGGCCAGCAUACAGCAGCUCAUGUGCCACCUGGACAGCAACAGUGACAGCGAGGUGGAUUUCCAAGAGUACGUGACCUUCCUGGCCUGCAUGGCCAUGAUGUGCAACGACUUCUUCCAGGACUGCCCUGACAAGAUGCCGCACAAGAAGUGAGCACGGGGUCCCCGUGACCCUCCCACUGUCUUCCUGAUGCUCUUUCAAUAAAGGUUGUUUUAAAUAAA